AUGUCCUCCACCUCGUCUCCCCCGUCUCCCUUGGACGAAAAGGCCGACGCCAGCGUGGGCCCCAGUGAGGCCACCACCAGCGAUGCCGGCCGUCUGCACGCCCUCGAGCAGCUGGAGAUCCUGCCCCAGAUGCUGCAGGAGGGCAUUCUCUUCGCCGGCUCUGGUGCCGCGUUGCUGCUCCAGGCGGCCCUGCCUGCGAUCCGUGAGGUUGAAAACACCAACACCAACCCGGAGGCGCUGGCGACCGAACUGCUCGACGCCCUGCAGGCCAACCUGAGCUACAUUUCCAAUUUGGUCUUCGGCACACGUGCGGAGCGCAAGAUCCUGCUCGACCUGCUGCAUCGCGGCGAGGCCCCUGGCCUGGGCGGCGGACGCAACAACCGCUUCGCCCACCAUCCGCCCCUGCAGAAGUGGAUGGCGGCCACGCUGUACGCCACCGCAACCGACUUCUACCAGCGUGUCUACGGCCGGGUCGACUACCAAACCGCCCAGCGCGCCUACAGCGAGUUUGGCCUGCUGAUGAACUGCCUGGGGAUCCCUCCCGGUACCUGGCCCGAGACCCGCCAGGCCUUCUGGUCGUACUGGGAUGACCAGGUCGGCAAGUUGACCGUCUCAUCCGACGCGGCUCAGUUCGCAAAGGAUCUGCGAGAGAGCACCGAUAUGCCCAAAUGGGUGCAGAACUUGAAACCCUUCCUGCGGGCUGUCACCAUUGAGAUGCUGCCGCCGAACCUGCGUGACUCGUACGGGCUGCGGUCCACCGCCAGCACCCGCACCCUGUACCGGACCUGGAUGGGCUUUUCGGUCGCAGUAUACCCGGCCAUGCCUAACAAGUGGCGCGGGUACCCGCUGAGUUACUAUAAGGAUAAGUUGCGCGAUAAACUGAAUGUUGUUUGA